AUGGCCAUUUGCGUUAUAUGUCGCUUAGAUUGGACUCCAACCUUUUCACCCUUGCUUGAACCAUGCUCGGGUUGUGUUGCUCCCUAUGGCUAUCAUAAUCUAAUGCAACUGAGCACUGAUGCCAACCGUUUCACUCAAGAGGUACGUGGGGCACAUGUUUCAGGUAAUCUAGACGCACCUGAAGGCGGGUUUGACGCAAUCAUGCAGGCUAUAGUGUGCCGGGAGCAGAUUGGUUGGCGCGAGAAAGCCCGUCGACUACUGCUUUUUUCAACUGACGCCGGUUUUCACUAUGCGGGCGAUGGCAAGCUGGGAGGUGUUAUUACCCCGAACGACGGCGAGUGCCACUUGGACAAGGACGGCCGCUACACGCAUUCGACUGUGCAAGAUUACCCGAGCAUCUCGCAGAUAAACGUGAAAGUGAAGCAGAAUGCCAUCAACGUCAUUUUCGCGGUAACGGCAGAAGAGCUGUCGGUAUAUGAGAAAUUGUCCCGUCUGGUGGAGGGUUCUUCGGCUGCCAAGCUGUCCAAUGACUCGUCCAACAUCGUAUCGCUGGUACGCGAGCAGUAUAAUAAAAUUUCUUCCUCCGUCGAGAUGAAAGACAAUCGCACAGAUAACGUGAUUGACGUGAAGUAUUAUUCUCGCUGUCGUAACGCUGGUGGACAACUAGUGGCAACCAAUCGCUGCGAAGGUCUUAAGGUGGGAGACAUGGUGACGUUCGAGGCGCAGAUUACACUGAUGCAGUGUCCAAACGAUCCUCGUGAUUGGCACCAAGUGUUGCAGAUCUACCCUGUUGGUAUCAACGAAAGCCUAACGAUCGAUAUAGAGAUGCUGUGCAGCUGCUCGUGUGAACAUCCUUCCGAUUCGGAGUACCGAACGCAAGCAGACGAGUGUAGUAACGCCGGUACGUACAAGUGUGGUAUCUGUGAGUGCGAUGGCCAGAACCACGGGCAACGGUGCGAGUGUUCAGCACUCGAUAGUGCUCUAGAGCCGGGUAUGGUAGAUGCGUGCCGCAUGUCGAACUCGUCUGACGAAUGCAGCAAUCGGGGACAAUGCGUGUGCGGUGUAUGUGUUUGUGAAAGACGCCCGAACCCGGACGAAGUGAUCGAAGGCCGUUAUUGUGAAUGCGACAAUUUCUCCUGUGAUCGUCCAGGAGGGCUGUUGUGCUCGGGACCAGACCAUGGACGUUGCGUGUGCGGACAGUGUGAAUGCCGAGACGGAUGGACCGGGCCAGCCUGUGACUGUCGGGCAAGCAAUGACACUUGUAUGCCUCCCGAUGGUAGUGAGCUUUGCUCGGGGCACGGAACUUGCGAAUGUGGUAUUUGCCGGUGCAUGGUAACAGACGAGGGUCGUUACACUGGCCGCUACUGUGAAAAAUGUCCAACGUGCUCUGGGCGCUGCAACGAGUUUAAGCACUGUGUUCAGUGCCAGCAGUAUAAGACGGGGCCACUCGCUGAACCAGAGGACUGUGCCACUAACUGCACGCUGUUUGUGCCUAUCCCGGUCGAGAAGGUUAUGAUAGACGAGAAACGUAAUGACAACAAAUGUACGUUCUACGACGAGGACGACUGUCGGUUCGAGUUCACAUACAACGACAGUGACCAGGAUAAGGUGACGGUCAUGGCACAAGAAAAUCGUGAGUGCCCGCCCAAAGUAUUCAUGCUUGGCAUCGCGUUGGCGGUUAUUGCGGCAGUUGUGCUCAUUGGUAUGGCUGUGCUAUUACUUUGGAAAGUGCUCACUUCCAUUCACGAUCGUCGCGAAUUUGCCCGGUUCGAAAAGGAACGCAUGAUGGCUAAAUGGGACACGGGAGAGAAUCCUAUUUACAAACAAGCAACAACAACAUUCAAAAACCCAACUUAUGCUGGCAAGUGAGGAUAUGACAAACGUAAGAGCUACUAUAAAACGCAUCAACGGAGUAGAUUAUACAAUCAAUCGACAACUAAUAAACAAUAACCAACAGUGCCAUCUCCCCGAGUGCCUUUCGUUUUUUCAAGCAUGAAAAAACACUGUUUUAUUUUGACAUUAUUGUUUGCGAUGGAAAGCUAGAUUUAGAGCAAAUACGAAGUAUUUUAAUUAAUUAAUGAACAAAGGAAGUAAACUUUUUUUAAAACGUCUUAUAGAUGUCAGGAAAGUACAUACAAGGUGCGUUUCACGGAAAACAGGACUUUUUAAAAAUGAAGUUAAAAACAAAUGUUUUUGGGCUAAUUCUUUUUUAUUUAUUCAAAAUAAUCUCCCUCGGAUGCAAUACACUUUUUUGCGCGGUCUAAAAGCAUUUCAAAUGAGUGUUUUAUGUCCUUCAGAUGGAUCGCUUUGAGGAUGUCGGUACACGCCUUUUGGAUGGCAUUUACGUCCGUAUAUCGCUGGCCUUUCAUGGGCAAAUGCAUUUUUCCGAAGAGGUAGAAGUCACAAGGUGCCAAAUCCGGCGAAUACGGGGAGUGAUUGAUAUUUAAAAUGUGAUUUUUAGUCAAAAAUUCGUCAAAAAGAGUCAAAAGAAUUCGGAGCAAUUUUUGGUCGUCAGUCAACUUGUGCGGAACAAACCUUGCACACACCUUCCGGAAGCCCAGUUUUUCCGUCAAAAUGCGAUAAAUUGAUGGUUUGGAGAUGCCCAAUUCCAUUUCCAUAAAUGAGAGUAAGUGAAAGUGAAGAUUUUGGCUGAUAUUUGACAAAGUCACGCACAAUUUCGAUGGAUUCUGGCGUGAUCACGGUAAAUUCCGGGCCUGGAUGAUCGUCGUCAUUUAGGUCCUCCCGACCGUUUUUGAAUCGGUUAAACCAGGCAUGCACUCUGCUACGGGAUAAACAAUCAGCACCAUACACUUGGUUCAUCAAUUGAAACGUUUCGGUAAAAGUUUUACCAAAUUUAAAGCAACACUUAAUAUUGGCUCUUUGUUCGAUGCUCAUUUUUGUACCGAUGACACAAACAUACUGUCACUUAAAACGCAAUAACUCGACUUCCAAUGGAUGAAAUGUCAUCAAAUUUUUACUGGAAGUUGGGAAAGGAUGUGCUUACCAACACACAUUCUCACCAAGAGAUAGCGCUGCCCGAAAUGUCCCGAUUGAAAAAGUCCUGUUUUCCGUGAAACGCACCUUGUAUGACGCGUAGAUGUGCUCGUUGUGGAUUCAUCUAUGUUUGGAAUUGAUUGUGUGGUGGUAACGAAGGCAACAAAUCUAAUUGCAAAAAUAUUGACUUAAUUCUUUUGCAGCGUUUGCUAGCUGUGCUCCUGUUAGUAUGCUUAGUCGUUUAACAUAUCAUGGUAGCGUGGUAAAUUUUUUGCGUAUAUUUUGUAGGCUGCAUGCAGGUGUCAAUUUGUUUUUUAAAAGUCAAAAAAUAAUAGGCACCUAAAAUUAUGAACGCAAUUUGUCUUGCCAAUUCUUCCUUGAACGUACUAGCUUUAAAUGGCUACGUUAAGGCCUGAUUUGUUCGUCGAUCACUUAGAAGUGAAAUAUGCAUAAAAAAGAAAGAAGAGAAUAAGGUAUUAAUGGCAAAAGCACAUGUAUCAUGAGAAUUAAAACAAGUCUAUCUUUUUGCUUAUUUUAACUACGAAGACAUCUGAUGCGACGGAAACUAACUUCAUUAAGUCUAAGAUUAGCAAUGAAUGAUUCUCAUAAAAUUUCUAGCUUGUAAUUUAUUAUCUUCAGAACUUUUUUGUGUUAUUUUAACUAAUCUGAAUAAAAAUAUUCAAUAAUU